CUGAACUGUAGCUAAUUUAGUCCGUAGGGUGUGUUCUCCUGAGAAAUGGAAAUGAGUGGAAAUGAAAGUGAAGGCAAAAAGAAACUCACUCAGGUAGGACUCAAUAGAAGAGGGACAGAGUACUCACCAAAGAGUUUCCUGUGUUCAGAGUUGAGGUUUAAAAUGGACGAAUAUCAAUAUCCAUUGUUCUUUGAAGCCAAAGAUCUAACGGACACAGAGAUGAAGAAGGUCAGGAUAUACUUUCAGAUAAGAAGACUUUCUGGGGGAGGUGACUGUUCCACACUCCAAGCCGUCAGAGGUGAUGUCUACAAAAUCUGCUUCAAGGACAAAGAAGACCAGAAAAGAGUUUGGCAGAAGAAGCUUCACAUGGUCUCUUUCGAGAGAUAUCUGAUCAUGAGCCAAACCGAUUUAUCACAGAAACCUGAUCAGCCAUUGAUGCCGACGUUUAAAAAACCCAACCCACAAAAAAGACCAAUAGGCAGGUAUGAACCAGCACCUCUAAGCCACAGUGACAUGAAGAGAAACCUGAGUUUGAAGACUUUGAAGCUGCAGGGCGCCGCAGCUGUACCUCCAGAUCUGGACCGAGUAAAGGAAAUGCUCAUCAAUGCCAAUAACGUAGCAAACUUCGGAGUAAUUAUCAGCUUCAUCCCAGUGGGAACCAAAAUGAUGGAAGUUCGACUGGUGGGUUACAGGGAAAAUGUGAACCAGCUGGUGAAGGUUCUGUGUGACUACCAGACGAACCAGGCCCACACACAAGAAAGACUGAACCUACCAUUUCCUGAACUGGUUGACUGUUUGGAUGAAGUCUUACACCUGAUUGGCUUGAAACACACGGAAGUGAAGCUAAAAACCUCAACUACCCCAAAUCCUUGUGUGCUCCUGUCUGGUCCCUGUUGUCACGUAGAGGAGGUGAAGCAGGCCCUGAUCCCCGCUCUGGCCAGCCUGACAUCAGACACACUAGUUCUAGACGGACCAGGGGCUCAGCAGUACUUCCAGGCAGAGGGAAAAGUAUGCAAAGAUCUAAUUCAGAGUUCCUGUCAGGUCCUUAUCAGGGAACAUCCAGGUGUGAACUCAGAUGAAAGAUCUUGCCUCACCCCCGUCGAGAACAUUGCAGCCAACCAAGCAAACCUGCAGAUUAAGUUUGGCAAGUUGGAGAAUCAACAGGUGAAUGUGUUGGUGGUUCCCAUGCUCCACAAGAAGCUGACUUCAACUAAAGUGGGAAAUAAUCUGUUGACUAAAGCAGGGAACACAAUGCAGUCCAACUUUGACGCAGCUGCUGCAAAGUGUACCAUCAACCCUGGAGAUGUUCUGCAGGUCGCUGGGCCUCCAUCUCUUGGCUGCAACAAGCUCUUCUUCAUUGAGUGUUUGCCCUGGGAUGGAGUCAGAGGGCGGAGUGUGCAGGCUCUGAGAAAUGGUCUGAGGAGAUGUUUGGACCUCUGUGUGCAGCAGGAAUUGAGUUCAGUUGCCUUUCCAGUGAUUGGACCUGGAAAAGCUUUAGGUUACCCACUCUGUGUUGCCAUUGAAGCUCUGACUCAGAGCAUUUACCAGUUUGGAUCAUGGGGAGUCAUCGGUUCACUCUCCAACAUCUAUGUCGUCAUUAAACCUUGUUUUCCGGACUCUGAGUGCUACCAUGCUGUCUACAGAUCACUCCAGGGAGGCCAAGUGUCACUGCCUCAUAAAAAAUGGAAUCCACAAAGGUCUGUGACCGCAACGCCCAUUAUCUUCAGUACCAGCUUCUACACUCAGCAGUCUGUCUUCCUGUUCAUGGGUCUUUGUGGUUGGAAAGUCUCAGAUGCCAAGAUGAAGCUGAAGCAACUGUAUCAGGACCGGUGCUUGACUCAUAUCUUCACGGCCAAGGAGGUGGGAAGCCUCUCGCAGGACGACAUUGUGUGUCUGCAGCAGCUGGUGUAUAAGGAGGGUCUGAAGAUUCUGUCUGUCCAGGGCAACAUGACUGUGAGCGGGUUAAAAGAUGGGGUGAACAAAGUGAUGCAGAUGAUUAAAGAAUCUCAGUUAAGCAACCUCAGGAGACAGGUAAUAGUCACGGAGGAGGAGAAUUUGCACAGUCGUGUGGCCUGGUGCAUCCUGGGAAGUAGCGGCAACUGGGAGAGACUUCCCAAAACAGCCAAUCACAGACUGGAACAUAACAACCUAGCGGGAGGCAUAAUGGAUGAGCAGGGCAACCAGUGGACCGUGGAUUUGAAGAGGAUGGAGGCCACAGGACAAGUUACUCGAGAGAUAAGAAAAAUAAAACGACUUGAGAAUCGGCCGGACUUCACUCUCCCUCUGUACUGGGACAACAUGGCUGCCGGGGAGGAUAUGAAGGUGGUUACCCUGCAGGAGUCGUCUCCAGAGUACCGAUCAGUGGAGCAGGCCUUCAGACGAACUGUUCCAGAGGGCAGGAUAAAGAUUGAACGUUUGCAGAAUGUCCACCUGCGUCGGGCCUAUGAAGCGCAGAAGAAACACAUUUCUGAUAAGAAUGCACACGAGGGCACCGAAGUGGAAAAGGUUCUGUACCACGGGACGACUCAGGACAACUGUGACGCCAUCAUGAAAACGGGCUUCAACCGGAGAUUUGCUGGACAAAACGCAACUCAGUUUGGUGAAGGAACCUACUUUGCCGUAAAUGCCAGCUACUCAGCCCAGCACAUCUACGCCAGGCCAACCGUCGAAGGCUCACAGCGAAUUUUCGUGGCUCAAGUCCUGACCGGCAUCUACACUGUGGGCAGGAGGAACAUGAAGGUGCCUCCUCCUCGUAACGACUUUCUGCCACAUGACCGCUUCGACAGCGUGGUGAAUAGAAUGGACAACCCCAGCAUUCAUGUUGUGUUCCAUGACAACCAAGCUUACCCAGACUACCUCAUCACCAUCCUGGGCACACAGGAGGAGUGUCGCGCUUGCUGACGCGCCUGCCCCUUUUCCCUGGUGCAAACCCCAAAAACCAGAUGUUAAGGCAGAAAACUGGAGCUAUGUGAAGCUGAGCCAGUCCCAAACACUGCAGUGUUUGCAUCUUGUAGCGGUCACAUAACAUGUUAAUCAGCUGAUAUCUCUCCUCUGUUCCUUUUAAUGUCUCGAGUCUCAGAUCGAUGCAGCCCUCUGACAGCAGCAACCCCCUCAACAGCAAAUUGUAGCUUUGAGUUAUGUCGGCAUAUGAGCCUUUUUCCAUGUGCCCCUUUUGAAAUUUGAGCCCCUGCCCCUCUAAAGGUCUCUGCACAGCCGUGUUCAGGUGACCUUGAUGGAGAGCUUAUGCAUUUAACAUUUUAACUGUAGAAUAAUGAUCAAGGUUUUAUGUUUUUCAUUUCUUCAGCGAGGAAUUAUGAUGAAUGAUUUGGAGUUUGUUUUUAAAGCCAUAGUUUCUAGCUGAAUCUAAGCCUCAAUAAAA